CUUUGGGCUUCCGUUUUGUUGACCUUUGCCUAAAUUAAGCACAUGCAAUAAUGGACGCAAAAAAGGCUGCAGAUUUUGCUGGACGUUUAAAGAAAGCAGGCCCUAGAGGCUUCGGUGCUGGAUUAGGUAUUGCUGCACUAGCUGGCGGCAUCUAUGGAUUAACACAAUCAUUUUAUACUGUUGAAGGUGGUCACAGAGCGAUUAUAUUUAGCAGGUUAUCUGGUAUCAAGCCAGAUAUUUAUGUUGAAGGACUUCACUUUAGGGUUCCCUGGUUCCAGUAUCCAAUAAUUUAUGACAUUAGAUCUCGACCACACAAAAUAUCAUCACCAACUGGGAGCAAAGACUUGCAGAUGGUAAAUAUAUCACUAAGAGUUUUGUCUCGUCCAAAUGCCAUGGCACUGCCUCAAAUUUACAGACAACUUGGUACAGAUUAUGAUGAAAGAGUUUUGCCUUCAAUUUGUAAUGAAGUUUUAAAGAGUGUAGUAGCUAAAUUCAAUGCUUCUCAAUUAAUCACUCAACGUCAACAAGUCUCCUUGCUGAUUAGACGAGAACUAAACCAGAGAGCCAAAGAUUUUCACAUCAUUCUUGAUGAUGUCUCAAUCACUGAACUUAGCUUUGGCAAAGAAUAUUCCCAAGCUGUUGAAUCAAAACAGAUUGCCCAACAAGAUGCCCAAAGAGCCCAGUUCUUGGUAGAAAGAGCCAUUCAGGAGAAACAACAGAAAGUUGUGCAGGCUGAGGGAGAAGCUGAAGCUGCUAAAUUAAUUGGUGAAGCCAUGAGUUUAAAUCCUGGCUAUCUCAAGUUGAGGAAAAUCAGAGCUGCACAGAACAUUGCAAGAACAAUUGCCCAAUCUCAGAAUAGAGUGUACCUAAAUACCAACUCUCUCAUGAUGAAUAUUGGUGAAGAAGGAUUUGACCAAGCUGCAGAUUCCCUUGUGUCUAAGAGGAAAAAAUGAAUUUGAUUGUCCUUGACAUAGUUUUCAUGUGAUUUUUUUUUUUUUUGUAUUAUUAUUAUUUUAGUAUAAUACUAUAAAUAUACUUUGUAAAGAGAGAUAGCUGUUGAAUGAAGAUCAAGUUAUACUAAGUUGAAAUAAAGAAACCAUUUUAAAAAAUA